AUGGCUGCCUUGUGGUGGAUGUGGCUUAUUUCUUAUCCAGGAGUAUUUCACUGUUACGUUAACAUAUGUGAAACAACUACAUGUGAGGCCAUGCAAAGUUCUAUAAGAAAUGGCUUAUCAGCAGAAAAAGUGAUCGACGGAAAUAUUGAACAAAAUGAAAAUAAAUGUUCACAUACUGCUGUAAAUAAAACAGAACCAGCAUGGGUUAUGGUUGACUUAGGAAAAGAAUAUCAACUGAAUAACGUUAUUAUAUAUUACAGAGAUGAAGGAAACCUUCAAACAGCCUGGAAACCGUACCGAUUUAGGCAAUAUGGCAUAGAGGUAUCCAAUACCUCUCAUGCAAAACAGUGGACCCUAUGUUACAAAGAUAACACAACGGAUGGUAUCACACCUUCAAGUAUGCAGAAUAUCUCAUGUGAAAAAGCAACCAGAUACAUACGAAUUAUAACAACUUAUGAUGCUCCU